GUUCACAUCUCAUCCUGGAGAGUUGCCAGAAUCCAGAAACUAUGGCUGGACCCUUCCUGUCGCCUCUGCCCAACGAUCUGCUCACGGAAUACAUGUUCGGACGACGAAGACAGCGUCGCAAUCGCACCACCUUCACGCCUCAGCAGCUGCAAGAGCUCGAGGCACUUUUCCAGAAGACUCACUACCCAGACGUCUUCCUGCGAGAGGAAGUGGCGCUCAGGAUCAGUCUCAGUGAAGCCAGAGUUCAAGUGUGGUUCCAGAAUCGUCGCGCCAAGUGGAGGAAGCAAGCUCGCUUGCAGCUUUUGCAAGACGCUUGGCGGAUGCGAUGUCUUAGUCUUGGCGCACCACCUGUGAUGAUUCCAGGACGUCCUCCGCCCGAGUCCUCAAUGCACGGAAAUCCUCCGCCACCAAUUCCACCAGUGAAUGAGAAGCCUCUCCUGAGCGCCCCAAAUCCCACGCCUUGUCCACCACCCUCGAACGGCGUCAGUGAUCCUGGAUUCACGCUCAUGCAUCCGGCUUUCCAGCCGCCAGCCACCAAGUCUUCCACGAGCACUCCUCUGGAGUUGUCAGCGACCGAAAGUUCCCCCAUGAGUUACUCUCCGCGGCCAGAGAAGGACGGCGAAGCCAACAAUAACAACAAUGUGGUCUUCCAGGCACGCGAAAACUCCGAAUCUGAAGCCUCUUCUGAUUCUGAGGAGAUUGACUUGACGUCGAACGGCUGUAUUGACUACUCGAGGAAGUAAUCUGCAAAAUCGCCAGAGUUCACGAGACGGAACAGGUUCCACCAGAGUUUAUUUUGCAAGCCUAUAAAAGCCAGUGGACUCUGAAAAAGGGGCUCAACUGGAUGGAUAUUUGACUUCUUGCGCGCGAAAUGGAAAGGAAAAACAUGUCUUAAUAAA